AGAUUAUAAACAGACCUUUCCAGCAAGCAGUUCUCAGUCCAUUUCCCCAGAAGCAUGUAUUACCUUCAUUCUUGAAAGUUGUUUUACUGGAUAAAGAUUUUUAGUGUAAAUUAUAAGGGUCUCUCUGCAGACUAACCAGUAAUUCUCGUAUGAUCAUUCCUCAUUUUUUAGGAUUUUUUCCUUUUAUUGAAAAUAGAGCUCUCACCCUCCCCCCUCCACCAAGAACUGGGCCCCUGGUUGCCCACCGCCUGAGAUCUGCAAGCUGCAUUUCCACAAGUGCCCACUUGGACUUUUGCAAGCAGAGAUAACAGCAAUGGCAUCGAAAUGGAGCGCUACUGCAUCUUGGUAUUCUCACCCAGUGUAUGCCAGAUACUGGCGACAUUAUCACCAUGCCAUGUUUUGGAUGCGAAGCCACCAGAAUGCCUACAGAAAGUCCAGGGAUUCCUAUUUCUCUUCCCUGUGGUUCUCUCCUCCUGGAGUUCUUCCGUGGAACUCUCUUGCUUAUGAGGCUAGGCAUCCUUGGAACUUUCAAGGCCAGCACACGGCCUGGCAGGAGCCUCCCUACAGUGUUCCACAUCUCCAAAGCUCUGGGCAGCCUCUGUACCAUAGCAGUAGAGCCCAGGCCUCCACAGGAGAAGACAAAACCCCGCAUGAAGAGGAAGAGAUGGAGUCCGAUUCAGAUAAUGAGGUAGAAUACGACGUGAGCAGUAUGGAAAUCACCGAGGAGCUCCGCCAGUACUUUGCAGAGACCGAGAGGCACCGAGAAGAGCGGCGGCGACAGCAGCAGGUAGACGCGGAGCGCCUGGAAGACUAUGUGAAUGCCGACCACGGCCUGUACUACAACCACCGCCGGUCAGCGGAGCCCCCAUCCCAGAAGCCCGGGGAGCGGCGUCGAGCCGAGAUGCAGCGCCUGUAUGGGGACAGUGCCCCCAAGAUCCUGGCCAUGGAGGCUGCUGUGCAGCUGAGCUUUGACAAGUACUGUGACAAAAAGCAGCCAAAAUACUGGCCUGUCAUUCCCCUGAAGUUCUGAGUCCUGGGCACAGGGACCCUAGGGGGUGCCUCCUGAACACAGUUCCUGGCCUUUCCCUCUUACCUUUGGAGUGUUCUCUUCAUCUCUCCUUCAGAGAAGGAGGCCUAUAUGCUGACACAGUGGAUGUAAUCUGUCAGCCACUUAGAAUUCGGUCAGCAGGAGGUGUACUGUUGCCAACACAAGGAAUGCCAUAAAGUGAUAAUUGUGUAUAUUGUACUGGCUCUUGAUUUACUCUCCUAUAGUUCAUUGAAAUUCUUGCCUAGA